AUGUUCAAAAUAAAAGCUACUGCCUUCAUUGGGCUACUGUUGCUCAUUUUGACGCAGUCUACGAUUGGCAGUGCUGUGAUCUGUCCCGAUGGCCUCGUGUACAAUGCCACCUCGGAUCAGUGUGACUAUCCGGCGGACUAUGUGCCGGUAGUUGAAUGCGACAACACAAGCACAGUUUGCCAAGGUCAGCCGGAGGGUACGCUCUUUCCCAUAGAGGGGGUGUGUAAUAAGUUCUACAAGUGCAACUUCAAUUGUGCCGUGGAACAGGUGUGCCCCAACAAUCUGUUGUACGAUUCCAGUUAUGAGUUAUGUGAUUAUCCCCAAAAUGUGGAUUGCCCCUGGGAGCAUUCACCACCAUCCGGUCCGAACGCCGGGCCCUCCGGCAUCUCCUGUGAGAGCAACGGUCGCUGUUUGGGCCAACGCGAGGGCACCUUGUUCCCAUCCCUGGUCAGUUGUAGCGCAUAUGUAGUCUGCCAGUGUGAGUGUGAAGUGGACAUGACGUGCGGACAAGGCUUGUACUGGGAUCAGAAGCUGCUGACUUGCAACUAUUCGUAUAAUGUUGACUGUACACUAUCUUCUGCAGAAAUCAUUAUACGGCACCGGGAGUCUAUUGGCAUGAAUGCCGACCAACCAGAGUCUUAUUACAGCUCGGACUACUGCAGAGCAUCUACGAUUGCCCAACAAUCGCCGGAGACCUGUGGAGAACAACCGACAACAACCGAUGAACCCGCUGGAACCGAAGUAACUGAUGUAACUGAUGUAACCGAUGUAACCGAUGGAACCGAUGUAACCGAUGUAACCGAUGUAACCGAUAGAACCGAUGGAACUACACCCGCUUCGGAUGAACCUACUGGCAGCACGGAUCCGUCAAACGUUGUGCCUGGUUAUUGCGGCGACCAACGCACAGAUUGUGUUAACCAGCCGGACGGUGCCAUGCUGGCUGUAGAAGGGGUCUGCACGAAGUAUAUUCACUGCGCGCACGGCUGUUGUCUGGAUGUCACCUGUCCCGGCGGCUUGUACUUCGACCCCACAAUCAAUCAGUGUAACUAUUUCUGGAAUGUGGAGUGUACGCCAAGCGAUCCGACGGGUGAGAUAGUUGGUCCUUCGGGUACCAGCUGCAGUGAUCAGAGCGUCUGUGCUGGACAAAGGGAUGGUGCUAUGUUUGCCGAUCCGGAUACAACUGGUUACUUCGUCUGCCAGUGCCAAUGUCCAAUUGCAAUGCCCUGCGAUGCGAAUACCAAAUUCAAUGAGUUGGCCCAGGUUUGUGACUGGGAUUAUACACCGGCUUCCGGUGAAGGCAGUAGUGCUGUGAUCUGUCCCGAUGGCCUCGUUUACAAUGCCACCUCGGAUCAGUGUGACUAUCCGGCGGACUAUGUGCCGGUAGUUGAAUGCGACAACACAAGCACAGUUUGCCAAGGUCAGCCGGAGGGUACGCUCUUUCCCAUAGAGGGGGUGUGUAAUAAGUUCUACAAGUGCAACUUCAAUUGUGCCGUGGAACAGGUGUGCCCCAACAAUCUGUUGUACGAUUCCAGUUAUGAGUUAUGUGAUUAUCCCCAAAAUGUGGAUUGCCCCUGGGAGCAUUCACCACCAUCCGGUCCGAACGCCGGGCCCUCCGGCAUCUCCUGUGAGAGCAACGGUCGCUGUUUGGGCCAACGCGAGGGCACCUUGUUCCCAUCCCUGGUCAGUUGUAGCGCAUAUGUAGUCUGCCAGUGUGAGUGUGAAGUGGACAUGACGUGCGGACAAGGCUUGUACUGGGAUCAGAAGCUGCUGACUUGCAACUAUUCGUAUAAUGUUGACUGUACACUAUUGUACGUGCUGGUUAUUGCAUUGUCACUUUUCCUAGGAACUGUGGCCGACAAUUGCUGUCAGCCUGGCGACACCAAAAUCGACGAAGAGGAUUGCACAAAGUACUACGCAUGCUGUACUGGUCAAUUCGUUCUCAAGACGUGUUCCAGUGGAAUGUACUGGAACCCACAGAACAGCGCUUGCGAAACAAACAAUGGUGAAUGCAGCAACUGUGGAAGCACUUCCCCCCCACCAUUGACAUGCACCAAUGGAGAGACCCAGGCAGAUUCUACUGACUGCACCAAAUAUCAACUGUGUACCAAUGGUCAGUUUGUGUCGAAAUCUUGUGCCACUGGAAACUACUGGAACUCAGAAACCAGCCAGUGUGAAACGGACAAUGGACAAUGCAAUGGCAACGCCCCAUGCACCAAUGGAGAAACCCAGGCAGAUUCUACUGACUGCACCAAAUAUCAACUGUGUACCAAUGGUCAGUUUGUGUCGAAAUCUUGUGCCACUGGAAACUACUGGAACUCAGAAACCAGCCAGUGUGAAACGGACAAUGGACAAUGCAAUGGCAACGCCCCAUGCACCAAUGGAGAAACCCAGGCAGAUUCUACUGACUGCACUAAAUAUCAACUGUGUACCAAUGGUCAGUUUGUGUCGAAAUCUUGUGCCACUGGAAACUACUGGAACUCAGAAACCAGCCAGUGUGAAACGGACAAUGGACAAUGCAAUGGCAACGCCCCAUGCACCAAUGGAGAAACCCAGGCAGAUUCUACUGACUGCACCAAAUAUCAACUGUGUACCAAUGGUCAGUUUGUGUCGAAAUCUUGUGCCACUGGAAACUACUGGAACUCAGAAACCAGCCAGUGUGAAACGGACAAUGGACAAUGCAAUGGCAACACCCCAUGCACGAAUGGCGAGCUUCAGGUGAAUCCGACCGAUUGUGCUGGCUAUUUGCAAUGUGUGGACAAUGCACUGGUACCGAGAAAGUGCGGCAGUCAGACCUAUUUUAAUGCACAACUGUUGACUUGUGUUGUCGAUACUGAGGGCGUGUGCAUUCCAAACACCUGCGAAGGCGAGUGCUGUGAUAAACCUAACAACUGGAUUGGGUCCGUUGCCAAUAACUGCUCCGCGUUCAUCCAAUGUCUUUAUGGCAACAAGAUCCAGAUGAAAUGCCCCAAUAAUCUACAGUUCAAUAGCUUGACACUGGAAUGCGACUACCCUGAGAAUGUUAAUUGCGAUGAUGGCAGUCCACCACCGAGUGGACCCUCUGCCGGACCCUCGGGCACUUACUGUGAGAGCGGUGGUCGCUGUGUGGGACAACGUGAUGGUGCCAUGUUCGCCGAUGCGACCAACGCCUGCAGUGGAGCCUAUAUUGUGUGCCAAUGCGAAUGUGAGGUGAACUUCACAUGUUCCGCCGGAUUAGUGUUUAAUCAGAAUGUCCGGUCUUGCGACUGGCCUGAAAAUUCCAAUUGCUAA